CCGAUAGCAGUCGACCCAGCGCGAACCAUGGUAGUGAAACCGUCCGACCUUGGCCUGGUUAGCGCCGAUCUGGAACUAAUAGUCCGACGCGUCUUUGGCGAGUCCGUGCUUCACCACGCGAUCCAGCACGCCUGGAUCGAGCCGUUCGGUGGGAGUCCGGACGGCUUCUUGGCGGACCAUCUCGCGCUGAAGAUGCUCCUCACGCUGAAUGGAUCACGCAACGAGGAGCUUUCGCUGUUUGUGAAGGUGAUUCCGGCGGCGAACGCAACGCUGGCGGGGUAUUUGGUUGAGAUCGGGAGUUUUAGGAAGGAGGUCGCGCUUUGUGAGCAGAUUAUACCGAAGAUUGGACUGGCGAUUCCGGGGGAGAAGUUUGUUCCGAAGUAUUUGCUGACGAAGGAGGAUCGACUGAUCGUGAUGGAGAACGUGAAGCUGCAAGGGUACGAUAUCUUGAAGGGGAAUAGCGGACUGAUGGACUACGAUCACUUGAAGAAGGCGUUUGAAGCGUUGGCGCAUAUGCACGCGGGAUCGAUUCUUUUUGAAGAGCGGGAAUCAAAGGGGUUGCUGGAGCUGUAUCCGGAUGCGUUGAAGGAGAACGCCUGGACGGGGAUCGAGGGGAGCAUCCGGACCCGGGAUGUCGAGAAUGUGAUCGUGCUGUGGUGUGAGUUCUUCCGAGUGGUUGAACGGAACUCCGGUAGGCUUGCGGAGAUUAUAGCAGCGCUUCCCGGAGUGAUCCGGAGUCUGUAUGGAUACGUCAAAUCCUCCACUGUUUGGCGUAACGUCUUCUGUCACGGCGAUCUCUGGAACAACAAUGUGAUGUUCAAGCAUGGUUCCAGCGGUGAACCCGUAGGAUGUAUUCUCGUUGAUUUCCAGCUGUCCCGAUACACGCCUCCGGCGUACGAUCUCAGCCUACUUCUAUCGCUUACCACAAUGUACGAGUUCCGAUCCCAACAUAUGGACUCCCUAAUAGAUCACUACUACGAAGUAUUUGCGGGACAUCUAACUGCGAACGGAUUCGAUCCCGCAAGUAUCUACUCGAAGCAAACCUUUCUCGAGUGUUGCCGGUACUACCGUCUAGCCGGUCAAAUCCACGGCUGCAUCAUCGGUCCGGAAGUCAUGCUGGCGCAGUGUUACCUGGACGAGGUAUUUAUGUUGUCGGAGGACUGCGCCGGAUUCAUGCCACUCUCCAAGGUGAAGAUCUGUUUGAAGGCGUUCCAAGCGGAUGGGGCGUACCGGGAUCGGCUGCUGGACAUGAUUCAGGAGUUGCUUCCGAAUGCUGCUUAAGCUUAAAUAUCUUAAUAUCUAACCACACAAUAAAACUAGGGAUUUUAGUGAAACUAAA